GCGGGGCCUGGCCGGCGGCGGGGCGGCUGCGCGGGGAGCGGCCGGAGCGCGGAGCGGCCCGGCGCUGGCAGGGCGGCGGUUGCGGGCUGCCAGACCAUGCUGAGCGGAGCGUGCGGCUGGCUCGCCUCAGCGCUGCGGGGUCCGCGCGGGCCGUCGUUCGCGGUCGCCCGGAGGCGCCUUCACGCGUCGGGGGCGCGGCGGUCCUCAGACAAGAGCGAGAGGACCGGAGGCCCGCCCCGCGCCUUCGACCCGGCGCUGCUCGAGCUCCUGGUGUGCCCGCUCUCCAAGAAGCCGCUCAGAUAUGAAGCAUCGACAAAUGAAUUGAUUAAUGAAGAGUUGGGAAUAGCCUAUCCAAUUAUUGAUGGGAUUCCUAAUAUGAUACCACAGGCAGCUAGGAUGAUACAUCAGAAUAAGAAGCAAGAAGAAACGGAGCAGCACUAG